AUGACGCAUCCCACAAUCAAAAUCGACACUAGUGUUCAGACGACCAAACGCGGACUGCCCGAGAAUGACGAUGCAGGCCUUGAUGUCCUCGGUGGUGAACAAGACAACCCCAGGUUGGAAGCUGGGAAUACCGAAGAUGUUCCACCAUUUUUAUGUCAAUCCGUUUCAGAGAUCCAUGAGAAGUUCGAGGACCUGGAAUGGAUGCAGCGCACGCGUCUGGCUGAGGGUAUGCUAGCCAAUGAUCUCUCGCAUCCGUGGGCCCUAGAGGCCGACCCAAAGGUUAAAGAGAGAAAUCGUUAUUUCAACGUCCAGGCCUGGGCAAAUUGUCGCAUCCAUCUGCGGGUGGCCGAUGGCGAGUGUGAUUUCAUCAACGCAUCUCCGAUCCGACUGGAAGACUCUGUGACAAGGGAAAGGAGGCAAUACAUAGCGACUCAGGGCCCGAAACUCGGACAUCUUGCAGAAUUUUGGCACAUGGUCUUCCAUGAAAGUCAAGAAGUCGGCGUUAUUGUAAUGCUUACCCAGACUUUCGAAGCGGGCCGGGAAAAGUGCGCUCAAUACUUCCCAUUGGACACCGAGCAGGCUUCGAUGGUCCUGUCAGCAGAUGAGUCGGACAUUUUCUUCGAUGAGAACGAUCACACAGAACCAGGUAUAUUGGGUAGAGUCACUCUUUUGGAGUCGACUUUCGAUGCUCAAUCCCGAUCUGAGAUUCGCAAACUCGAGCUUUCCAUCGGUUCCAAGUCAAAGAUUGUGUGGCAUUUCCUAUUUGCCGGUUGGGCAGAUUACUCAAAGCCCGAAGGGAGCGAUCGCCAAGCCCUCCUCGAUCUCAUCAAGUUGUCAGCCUCCAAAUCAAACCCGGACAACCCGCGUAUCGUUCACUGUAGCGCAGGCGUCGGUCGGACAGGAACCUUCAUCGCGCUUGACCACUUGUUAUGCGAGCUGGAGUCAGGCCAUCUGUUGGAUGUGACUGACCCAGAGAUCGAUCCCGUUUUCGAGACCGUUAAUCAGAUGCGCGAGCAACGGAUGAUGAUGGUUUACAACGAGAUGCAGAUGCAGUUCAUCUACGAAGUACUCCGCGAACAGACUGAUCGCAAGCUGGGAAAAUUGCUAGAUUGGAACACGGACUCGCCUAAUGAUAACGAGGAACGUUCUGCCAAGGUUCCCAAGCUGGAUGAUCAGGCCGAUUAUUUGCCAACUGCGAAGCCGGAGUUGGAAGCCAUCCCUGAUCAUAUUCAUACGCCGGUGGUUUCUGAUAAUGAAUGA